AUGGCAGAGGACGGGGAAGUUUCCCCUGCGUUGUCCUUGAACGUUGUAGACGCCGUAGCGACGGUUGAAGACAACGAGUUGACACCUUCGCCCACUGGGUUGAAAGGUAAACAACGUGCUACAAAACGGAGGCAUUCUGAGACCUCUAGUAGUUCUAAAAGCUCUAGUAGCUCUUCGUCAUCGAGUUCUAGCGAUAACAGCGACUCAGACGAAUCUGCUAGCAGCAAAGAUGGUGACUACAAACGUCGCAAGAAGCGUAAAUCUUCACCAGAGCGAAAGGCAACGCCAAAGACACAAGCAACGCGAAGGGACACUUCACCGGACCCCGGGUCUGACGUUGAUGUUUACGUGCGCUUUGACACGGAUAACACAACUUGUGAAAAAUUGGUUUUACCAAAAGACAUGGUGAAGUACUUAGCAAAUAAAUUUACAUCCUAUGUUCCAGACAAGGAUAUUCAGGAAACAGUACUUGAUGCAAACCCUGUGCCGAAUAUUCAAUGCCUUCAAACCCCAAAGAUUGAUGAUUAUCUUGGGGAAAUAUUUGAAACUAUGGGCAAAUCUUACGGCAAAGAGUCGGAUAAUAGCCUUGUGAAAGUGCAAUCUCGGGUUUCUAAUGUUAUGGGACCCCUCGGCAAGCUGUGGCUUGUACUGGAGGAGGAGGCUCAGAACUCGUAA